AUGGACGUCGGCAGUCGAGCCGGAGACUUGGAGGAGCCGGACGCGCUAGCAGCAGCAGCAGCAGUGAAUGGAGGGCAACAGCGCGACGGGAAAGAAGAGCGGGAAUUGAUAGAUGAACGCGAGCGGUGCAUGGUACACGCGGCUGUCGAAAUGCGCAGAAGCGGCUGCUCGUAA